GCUCCGCAUCGACUGAAUGAAUUAAAAUCUUCUUCUUCCUUUCAAGUGCUGCUUCAAUAAUUGAAGAUUACCGCACUGCGGCUGGGCGCGUGAAACCAUGAGACCCGGGGAUAAACCGUACAAGUGUGAUGCUUGUGAGAAGACGUUCAACCGCCCGGAUAAGCUAAAGAGACAUAACCUCACUCACGAUCCUGUCAAGAAACUCAAAUGUCCGUUCCGCUCCUUGACUGGAUGCGAGAAGAUGUUCAACCGUCCUGAUAAACUCAAAGCACAUAUCAUAUCACAAAGCGGCAUCAAGCCCUUUAAGUGUCCGCAGUGUUUCAAGUGUUUCAGCCGACGCCCCAAUUUGGCGGAGCAUAUGCGAAUUCAUACCGAUGACUAUACCAUUCGUUGUAAAGUAUGUAAUAAAGGAUUCGCCCGUGAGAAAUAUAAGAAUGCUCAUAAUUGUCCGAGAUGGGCACAAACAAGGGAAGCACUGAAAUCCAAUAUAGAAUGUGACAUGAAUGAAUCUGUCCUUGGUGAUUUGUCAAACGAAGCUUUGAAACAAACUGAAUCAAUCGUCGAUGCCAAGUCUCCAUCUCACAACAUCUCCAAACAUAAUGAGAAACCCGAAGAAGUACAUCCAGUUCUCUUAACUAAGACAAGGCAAGUCAGACUCAGGCACUCUGGUUUCUCUAUAGAAGGUUCAUAUGCUUGA